AUGUCGACCUCGCCGCGCAGCCAGAGCUCCUCCCCCGACAUCCUGGGACCUCCAGGCGACGCUCAAUAUUUGAUCUCAUCGCCAAUGAAGCCUUUUACCGGGCGCCAAAGCUGGAUGUCUCCUAUGGUGAAUCGAUCCCAAACUCCGGCCAAGCGAGCGCGACCGCGACCGCGCGUUAGCCUCAGUCCCGCAAAAAGCGCGCAUUCGAUUCAGUUCAACGAUGUCAUACUUCCCGGGUCGCCAACGAUGAAAUUCAAUGGUGGUCGCCAGAGGUCACUCUCACCGGAGAAGUUUCAACAGGAGGGAAAUGUUAGCCCGUGGCGCAUUCGACUGACGCUUGAGGCGACACAAGAUGACGAGGACGAAAACCGAGCGAGCCCGUCGCGCAAACGAUUAAAACCCUCGACUACGACAACGAUGAUACCAUUGAAAGAUGAGCGGAGUCCAUUGAAGGAAAAGACGCCCUUGAGGCGUCGAGGGCGUCCGCUGAAGUCCGACACAACUACGUCCCCGUUUCCUGGGGAACCUGGGCAUACCCCUCGUCCUGGACAUACUCCUGGACCGGGAAACACGCCUGGGCCAGGGCAUACUCCUGGACCGCUUGUUGGGGACUCCCAGACGCGCAAGAGAGGCCGACCACGCGGCACGCCUAAACCUAAACAACAGGAUUUCCAAUUGCUAGAGGACCAACCAACGCCGACCGUCGAAUAUGACCAACCGUUUAGUCCGAUGGACAUCAUUCCUGCCACCGAUACCCGCCCAGCACGGGAAUUCAGUCCGAUGGAUACCAUGGCAAGUGAAACUGGACUGGGUCAACAUGAAUAUAGUCCGAUGGAUACUAUGAGAAGUGAGGCUGGUUUGAGCUACCGAGAGUUUAGUCCACGGGAUCCCACUAUCAGAGAACCGAGCCCUGGCCGGGAACUAUUUAGUCCGACUGAUUCUUUCGCUGGGAGCAAUGCACACGCCAGUCCGCUUAACCUCGUGGGCGAUGCGGACUCCGAAGAUGGCUCUUGGGGAAACUCUGACUUGUCCAUCGCGGACCUUCAUGACCCAACACAGCCCAUCACAGAACGCCUCGAUAAUCCUCGCCGUGAAUACGGUCGAACGAGCUUGGAGACGCCGGUAAUCGGAGCUACUGAGCAUCAUUUCCUGGACGAUGAAAACAUACAUUCUACUCCUUCCAAAAUGCCAUCACCUACUCGCGAAAGAGCAAUCCUGUCAUCAAGAGCUUCUCACGACACGGCCAGCCCACAAUCACGCACGUAUCCGACUCCGACCCCCACGUCUUCGCUGGCUGACGAAGAAAACCAAGCCCGACAAGCUGGCACGGUCCAACACCAAAGGACAGAACCUCGGCAGGCUGAGACUGGUCCUGUUGAAGAUAAUGAAGAUGCCGGAGACGACUUUGAGGAGUUUGACACCAUAAUGGAAAGCGAAGGGUUCACCAUGAUCUCCCUCGAUACACUUCCAUCAGCCAAGCAGCAUGGAUUUGGCUCCAGCGCUAUAACCAAUAGCGGUCCAAAACCGAAGGAGGUUGGAGAACGUCUGCGACGUAAACUUCCCGGAACGAUCGAGGACCUCCGAAACGAUUCCCGUGCCCGAAAGUCCUCCAGCCCAGUUAUUACAGAUCUAACGGCUGGGCCAUCCGAAAAAACUAGCAAGCAUAUACCAGAAAUUCACACUGUGCAUUCAACCGAGCGGCAAUCUGUGAACUACAUGAACGAAUUUGCCUACCCCGAACUACCUUCCGCACCCUCUCCCGCCAAAGCGACAAUCGCUCCGAAGAAACGGACCUUCACCAGCCUGGCUAAGCUUGUUCGAGUUGGCCUAGCCUUGCAAGGCCCUUUUAAUCCGCAAGAAGACGAAUGGUCGGGCAAAAGUAAUGUUUCCCACAAAAGGCGCCGCUUGGAGCGUAUGUUUAGCACAUUCAACGCUGAAACACAGCGAGAACUACGAGCUGCUAUGGGGCUAGGGCAAGAGCUGGCCAUGCGGCGGAUGAUUGCUGAAGAAGAACAGGCUGCAGCUAUGGCAGCAGACCGUGAAGCAUCUCGUCUUGAGAAGGAACGUUUCGAGGAGGAACAAGAAGACCAGGAAGAUGCUCAUUAUAACGAAUUCAAUGAAGAGGAAGUGGAAGACCAGGAGCAGGAUCAACCGUUCCAACACAAAACGAAAGCACAGGAGGAUUAUAUCCAAUUGUCUCAUUCUAGUCCCAACAACUCCCUACAACAAAGCCCGAUGUCCCACCAAAAGGCACGGGAAGCGCGGUGGCAGCUUGAUCGCGAAGCCAUCAGCCGCCAGGCUCAAAUGGCUUCCAAUUCCCAGUCAGUUGUUUACAUUGAUAGUGAUGAGAAUGAGUCGGAUAAUUACGGAAAAUCUGGAUUUGGAUAUGCACAUCAACCUCAACGUCACCGUCACAUUGGAUUUGGGUUUGACGAGAAGCCUGACGAUCCCGAGCCCGAGCCUGUGCCAAAGCCGGCGCGACAUGUGGCGCGACAUGUUGAACCCGAGCCUGAACCCGAACCCUCGGAGGAUGAGGAUGACGGUUAUGACGACAUCUGGCAGCUUGAAGCUAAUGAUCACAGCCAUGUCUCACAUCAUCUCGGGCAUGACGAUAUUCAGUCGCAGCCAGAGCCAGUUGCAGCUCCUUUGGGCAAUCUUCCCGCACCUUCCGCAGGUAAAAGCUCUCUAAACUCAUCUCCUUACGUCGCUUCAGAACAUGAUUAUGUAGCACGCUUUGGGCCUUCCAAGGUCCGCGAGCUGCGCGAACAAAAGGUUGAUUUGUCUGCUUUGCUUGCAGAAGAGGACACGCCAAAUCGUGCACGUUACUACAAUGGAACAAGCACACCUCGAAGUGUGCUGGAUCGGCCCUCGGGGAUUCAGCAUUCACCAAUCAAUGGCUCUGCUCUGAGAGGCCCGGUAUCACGGACUCCAGCGCGUAUUCGUCUGCAACCUCUUUCCCAAUCCAGCCCCGAGGUCCCAACCCCACCAGUGGCCGGUCCAGAAUUCGCGUCUUUGGGUGGGAUGGCAUCUAGGGUUAUGCAAAGAAGCCCAUCUAUGGAAAGACCAGCGGAAGCAGGACAUAAAAAAAGUCAUACUUCUAGUGGUGCUUUUGAUGAACCCGAGUCUGCCAACCUGGACUCUACAUCUACCCCACAGCUUCGCCAGCUCAAUAGGGAAGAGCCAGGGUCAUCCUGGUUCAGUAAAAUAACCAGCUUCACCCCACAAUGGCUGAAAGCCCCCGCCCGUGAGCGAAGCUCAAGUGUCAGUACUAUUCCAGAGGAGCCGUCUGACUUCGAGGAUGAAGAGGAAUUGGUCGGCAUUAAAUCUGCGGAGGAGCUUCAUGGGCACCUUGAAGAUGAACCGCUUUCAAAGCAAGGGAGUCAAUCACCAACGAGCCAUUGGAGACAACCGUUUCAAUCUCCCCGGAUGCAAGACCCGCUUCCUUCAACGGAGAUAGAGGAGCCAAUCUACGAAAGAAGCGUUUCUCGGGACUCCUUGGAAAAGCAAAUGGAACCGGUUUCUGAGCGGAGUGUCUCUCGUGGCCCCUCGGAGAAUGAGGUUGCAGAGCGCGUGAACCGCCAGGAUGAGACGUCUCCGGGGCCAAGACCACUUGCUGUCUUCGGGUACUUUUCCGACGAGCAUUACAUCGCGCUUCGUCGCAUCUACCGAAUUGCCAAGCGAUAUCCUGAGCAAUUCGAAUACUACGAUGCUCCAGGGCGGGCUGCCAUCAUUGGUGAUUGGAUCUGGACCUCUGACGGUCAUCACGGGGUACCCAUCACAGAGAUGCAAUUUGCCAUAAUCGAUCGCUUUGCCCAGGAGCUUGCUCGGGCUGAUAUCCAAUAUGGUGGCAGUGGGCAAAUCGAUUGGACAGAGGCUGAUUUACAUCAGAGGCUCAUUAGCAUCAUCAUUGGCGAACAAAUCCGAGAGGAAAGGAAGGCCAAGGCGAAUCGGGGUACUUCUGUGGAUACAUGGCGAUGA